GAUAUAUCUCCAGAAAGGAAAGUCGGCUGUUAUGACCGUCGGACAUUCCCUGGUCAAGAAGAAGACACGCUUGACCGACUGCGGCUUAAUCUGAUAUGCAUACAACCCGAGCAGUCAUUGUAAAUCCCUGUUCUGCUAGCGCCACCUACAGUGAUGGUGAACAAGGCGCCAGUCGACAUUAGUACCGGAAGCAGUCAGUAUGAGUACGUCAAGUGCGUAGUUGUUGGUGACUCGGGGGUUGGCAAGACAUGCUUGGUUCGAGCUUGGGCCUGUGACACUAAGUACAGACUAGAACAGCUGGUCAAGACGCACGUGUCCACUGUCUGGGCUACAGACCACUACAGGAAUGACAAGGAGAUUCUCGAUAGGUCCUGGUGCCAUGUUGAUGAUUGUAGAGUCUCCUUACGAUUAUGGGAUACGUUUGGUUACCAUGACAAAGACAGAGGUUUUGCCUACAAAGGGGCAGAUGUAGUCCUCCUGGUUUUCAGUGUUGUCAAGCCAAGCUCUCUACGCAAUAUCAUUUCAAAAUGGCAGACAGAAAUAAAGAAUGAGUGUUCAACAACACCAGUUGUUGUGGCGGGUACUCACGCAGACAUGCGCUUCCUGUACAAGGAUCAGCAGUACCGGUGUAUGGAGAAAGGUCUAUUGUACAAGGCGAUAGGUAAAGGGGAUAUAAUUACCCCUGAACAGGGACGUGAGGUAGCACAAGCAAUCGGAGCACCAUACUAUGAGACAAGCAUUCUUUUCAAUUUCGGAAUCGAGGAUGUUUUCUUUAACGCUGUGCGAGCAGCCAUGGUAGAGAGACGUAAAAUAAAGUUUUGGAAUGCACAGCUAAGGCGGAUACAGUAUCCUCUCAUCCAAUUCCCUUUGCCGAUUCCUCAACCUUCUUUUCCGUCUGUCACUGUAGCAACAUCAACAUUUGACCAUGACCUUGCACAGUUACUUAAAAAUCAAAAUGAUGGGGACGUUAUCUUCAAUGUUAGUGGCGUACGUUUCCAAGCACACAAGACCUGUCUGGUUGUUGCGUCUGAACUUUUCCGUGAAAUUCUUUUGAUGGACACAAAGGAGGAAGACAGUAGUAGUGUUUCACACACAAAUGGACGGACAGAGAGAAAAAAUAACAAAGAAGAUGAACAGGUGCUUUUGGAUAAUGAGGUUAUUUUGGAAGAAUCUCCUAUUAUUGAUGCAAAUUCAAACUGCCAAGAGGAUGGUACGAUACAGUAUGAUGGACGUGACACUGUGAAUACAAGAUAUCUGAACCAUGCAGCAUUCGAAAAAAUAGAAACAAGACACUACAAGAAUCCCGCGGGAGGAAAUACAGUACGGACCGUUGUCACAGUUUCACAGGAAAUUACCCCUCAUGCAUUUCAAUGUAUCCUUGAGUAUUUGUACGUUGGAAAGGUGCGAGAGGAAUACAGUCAGGUACUAGAGGUACAACAAGCUGCAGAACUUCUCAAGUUGUUCCCCAUGCUGGUGGCACUCUCUAAUGUACAGACACAGGAGACUUUUCUCAACCUGGGCCUGGAGAAACGAUUCCUCAGUGAUCGAAUCGGCAAACUUCAGGAGUUGAUCCUAGGUCAGGGCCUCCUUAAGGAUAUCCACUUUGAAGUAGAUGAUGGUAUUGUGGCGGCCCAUAAACCCCUACUCAUUGCUCGCUGUGAGAUGAUGUGUGCCAUGUUUACUGACAACUUCCGGGAAGCAUCGGCUCAUGUGAUACCAUUACCGGAUGUGACUACAGAGGUAUUUAGUGUCCUACAGGAGUACCUUUACACAGAUAAGAUACGAAGUCUAGAAUCGGUCGACCAGUUGGCCCUCAUUGCUGUAGCUAACCGUUUCUGUUUACCCCGUCUAAUCUCCCUAGUGGAGGAGUAUGUCGUAAUGGAGCUGAGUCGUGCUGCACACUGUGACGAGGAUAUUAUUGAGGAAGUGCUCAUGUUGAUAGAGCCUGCCCAGUUCCACAAUGCCCUCCAGUUAGCCGCAUGGUGUCAGCAUUACGUUUGUGUCCAUUUCCGUGAGGCCAACAAAAGGUUUUUCCGUGAGUUGCGAGGGCUACAAAUGGAGAAUUUGACAUGGAUUGAGGAGAAUCAGUGGCCUCCGGUGUGGUACAUCAAGGAGAAGGAACGAUAUGACCGGCUGAUUGGGCAGAAGACCCCUAGCCUACACAUCCAACAGAAGGCACAGUUCUCUCGCUGGCAGCAGUGUAAAGGCUCCUGUUUCUGCUUCUGUCGACGCAGCAAGAUGUUGGUUGAGGAAGAUAACUACGAUUUCCCAAUGUGAAAACUGCUGAAAAGGGAGAUAAUUUAGGGUUUUAGUUUACUUUUAGCCAUAUCACCCUUGCAAAAUAUUUUAAUACUCAUUAUGAAAAAUUAUUCCAAAAUGGAUGAUGUAGUAAAAAUUUGCCAAACUAUUAUUGUAGCCAUACAGGUCUGAUACUGAGCUUCAUGAAUGAUUCCCCACUUUUUGUGAUGAAGUCAGUUCCUCAAAGUCAUCCAAGCGUUUUGUGAGUUUGCUUGUCUCAAGGUGCGUGUUGUGCUACCCUUUGAAAAAUAGAGGUGGAAAUAUAUAUACAAGUGAAACCUGAGGUUCAAAAUAUAUAAUAUGGACCCUUAAAACAUGACUGUGACUUGUUGUUGACUUGAUAAAGCUGUGCUGCUUUGAAUGGAUAUUGACUAGUAAUUUUUUAUAAAGAUAUAGUUAUGUAAAUCUAUGGUCAGUCAACGGAGAAAUAAAUCUCUAGAAAACAAAACUAUAACGUAAAAGUUAAAUCUGUGAAAUUGUUCAGUGUGUGUCUUAUACUAACAUUGUGAUAUUUGAAGUUUUUCGUCUGUCCAUCAGUGACUGUAAUUGUGAUCACAUUGAUUGUUGCCUCUCAUCAUAUAUUCCGUCGCCUUUCUUAAUGUUUCCAUGACAACUGAUGUAUGUUCUUGUCCAUUCCUUGUGAUAUUAAUAAUUGUCAAUACGCACAAUUUUUGAGAUGUGGCUCUGGUAUGAUAAGGGAUUCUGUAAAAUAAGGCCAGAUUUUUGGAUGUUAAGUUCUAUAUUGAAACAUAAUUCUGUAAAUAUAUGCACAUGUUAUAAAUCUGCACGAUUUCACUAAAAUUUUAACUUGGUUUUUAAGAAUACGAAUUUCAUGUUCUUGACAUAAGUAAAGAGUUAGGGUGUAUAAGGUUAACUUUUAAGCUGAGGCCAGUAAAAAUGUAUCUAUAGAUGAGUGGAAGAGCAGCUUUUUCGAAAGCCACGUCACUAGUUUGACCCCCAGUGCAGGCAUGAU